AUGAAUGAUCCAGAGCUUACAUUAGGCAUGACCUUUGCCUCUAAGAAACAGUUUAGAGAAGCAGUGCAGAAUUAUGGUUUCAAAAAUGGGAAAGAUAUCAGAACUAUUAGGAAUGAUGCUUUGAGGGUUAUAGUUGAGUGUUCACAGGAUGGUUGUCCUUGGAGAAUAGGACUAAGGAAAGUGUUUCACUCAGAUGCUUGGAGGAUUUUGAACAUGGUUGAUGUGCAUGAAGGUUGUUCUUGGGUUUGGGAGAAUUCAAUGGUAAAAGCUGAUGUGGUUGCAAAGAGGUGGGCCAAACAAUUAAAUAACAACCCAGAAUGGAUGAUGACAAAAUUCAGGGAUACAGUUACUAGUGAAAAGGGGUUCUAUUUAAGUGAUCAACAAGCCUACAAGGCUAUGUGGAAAGCCAAGAAACAAAGAAUUGGUGAUACUGAAGAAAACUUCAAGAAGAUAUGGAGCUACUGUGCUGAAAUGGAUAGGACAAACCCUAGGACUAGGUAUAAAGUGAAGCUCAGUGACUUGCAAGAUGGGGAAACUGGGCAGGAAAGAUUUUUAAGAAUGUAUAUUUGUUGGGAUGCUUCCAAACAAGGAUUCGGACAUUGUAGACCCCUAAUAGGUGUGGAUGGAUGUCAUUUGAGAAGUGGAUCUGGUGGGAUGCUUUUGACUACAGUAGGUGUUGAUGUUAAUGAUAGUCUUUUCCCACUUGCCUAUGCUAUUGUUGAAGGGGAGAAGAGGGAGUCCUGGUCUUGGUUUCUAAAAUUCCUAGCUGAAGACUUGGGGAUAACAAAAGAUAGAGAACAUGACUAUACUUUUAUAAGUGAUAAGCAGAAAGGUUUGAUCCCAGCAUUUGAAGAAAUCAUACCUGGUGUGGAGCACAGGUUUUGUGUGAGGCACCUGCACUCAAACAUGAAAGUGGCAGGGUUUCAAGGGAAGGCAAUGAAGGAUGCUCUUUGGGAAUGUGCUAGGGCAACAACUCGGAAUUCUUAUACUAGUGCACUACACAAGCUUAGGGCCUUAGAUGAAGAAGCUUAUCAAUGGUUGGGUGACAAGUCUCCAAUAGAGUGGAGUAGGUCUCACUUCUCAACACACACUCACUGUGAUAUGUUGGUAAACAACAUAUGUGAGUCAUUCAAUGCAGCAUUACUUGGUGCUAGGGAUCAACCAAUCAUAGACUGCCUAGAGACUAUAAGGAAAAUGCUAAUGAGUAAGUUUUUUGAGCAAAGACAAAAAGCAGCUGGAUGGAAGUCAAUGAUAUGUCCAUCAAUUGUUGGAAAAUUGAAGAAAAUAGAGAAGCAGGCAUCAGGUUGUUUGGCCACUCAAUGUGACUUUUUCAAAUUUGAGGUGCAACAGUUAUAUGGGGGCCAACAUCAGGUGGAUCUGGAAAGGAAACUUGUUCAUGUAGGAAUUGGGAUUUGA